AUGGGCUUCUCCUCCACUACUACCACCACCAAGUCUCCCACAAAGUGCCCCGCCAACGCCCCAUCUUCUUUUUCACCUUCUUCUUCUUCUUCUAGACACCGUGACGCACCCGCCGGGGACAUGUAUACCCAGCUCCCGUCAAGUCUACCGAGCACAAGGAAGAACAACCCGCGGGCGGUGACGGUGGAGGAUGAGGAUGAGGUUGAGAUUGAGAUUGAGAUUGAUUUUGGAGGCGCAACGGCCGGUGCUGGUGCGUGA